AUGUCGACCUCUCACGCAGCACCUCGCAGACCGCGUGCCAGGCGAGACAUAGCUCUGCUUGCAGCUUCGCUUCUGUUGCUGAUACAGAGCACAGGCCUGGUGGCCGCUUCCAAGCAGACGCUGUCGCCAUUCGACUGCAGCAACGUUGCUGUCUCGUCGAAGCAGUCGUUCGAUCUCUCUAAGAUCGCUUAUCCGAUCCGCACCUCGAAUCAGGAAUCGACACCGCCAUCAGAGACGCGCACCUCCAUCGAUAUUGACCUCUGCAAGCCGCUUGAGGCCAACUCGGAACGCGACGAGAAGGAUCAGUGCCCACGCGGUACCAGGAUAUGCAUCACCAUCGAGACCAUCAAGGACGGCAAGGCCAUCGUCACGCAGGCGAUUCCAGUCGCCUACUCUGGCGAGUCCGGUGGCAGCAAGAUCGAUGCCAAGGUCGAGUGGGGCCAAGGACUGGAAGGAGGAGAGAAGAGCAUCGAGCUUGUGCUGCCUGGAGCUACCUACGCUGGACGAGAACAGAAGGCAGAGCUUGAGCUUGUCUGCGAUCCCAAGGCCGACGCUGACUCGCAUCCCACGGCAAGGAGCUACGAUCGAGCGGACGGAGAGCUCAAGCUCCGAUGGCCAACAAAGUUUGCGUGCUCGUCAACCGCAUCCAAACCAGGCAGCGGUGGUGACAGUCCGUCUCAGGGCGGAGGCUCCGACAGUGAUGACGACGGAAGCAGUGGGUCAAAAGCAUCAAGUGGGUGGGGCUUCUUCAAUUGGCUGUUCUUCCUCCUCUUUUCUGGCUUUGCCGUCUACAUGGGCGUGGGAAUGUACAACAACUACAACAAUUACGGAGCCAGCGGAUGGGACCUCGUACCGCACAAAGAUUUCUGGAGGGAGUCGCCUUACAUUGCUCGCGACGCUGCCACGCAUGUCUGGGGAACGGUAUCCGGCAAUCGUGGAGGAGGCGGCUACGGCGGCUCGGGUGGACGCGGAGCCUACGAGCCGAUCUGA